UUCUGCACACUGGCUUCCAUACAUGAUCUGACGACUCUUGAGUGUGGGCGAGUGAUAAACAGUAUCUAUGGAAUGAAUCGUCCUCAAUGUGUUAAUGUAUUAAGGAGUUUUACAACCUUUCCAGAAUACUAGAGCAGAUAUUUCAUCCAUCGAACCUGCGUACACCGUGGACACAUACGCUGUUACAGUCUACGGAAGGUCUGAAAGGCUACUAGCGGAUGUAACAGACACAAGUGACUACAAGAAGCUAUAACAGAUACACGAGGCUACAACACAUACAAGCAGCUUCGAGAGGAUACUAUUGAUAUAAGAGGCUACUUGAGGCCAUUAUUUUACGCAGGGCAUCAGAAACCAAAAACAGGAGGCUUUACAGGAGUGUACCCGAGGCAAGGAUGGAGAAGACGGGCACAACCAUGGAAUACAAUAAGGUUGUAGAGCUGCACCCAAGGUCCGAAGAUGUGGAGAGGUCUGUGUCUUCAAGAAGCUUACCAGAUGAAUCGGGUCGGAAAUCGGGUGUCCCAGAAACCUCCAUCCAUGGUGUCGAAGGAGGCUCAGUUAAAACAGCCAACACGGGUGGAGUUAUCCAUGGUGGGAUGGGCAACACGUAUAAUCACGUCUACUUUCACUUUAAUGGAAUUGGGUCACAGGAAGACAACAUUGCCCUCAAGUCAAGGCUGGGAACCCGUGAUGAUUGUUUUAAAGACACUUCACUGACGGAAAGGAAAUCACGAGUCCGACUUGACAGCGCAAGUGCAAAACACGUGAUGGUCGAACAUCAGGACCAACAACACACACGAGACGCUGCUGCAGAGUCUGGCAAUGACGACCAUCAUCUCGACAACAGUAAACCAUCCUUCUUAUCCGUCCUGUACAAUACUAUGGGAAUAUUGUUUCGAACAAGCGACGAAUCUCAGCUUGAAGAAUGUAUGCCUUGUGUAGAGCUUCGCAGACCUGAUGUUCAGUCCAAACGUCUUUCAGUAGACAGAUGUGAUGUAGAAACUGAAUGUGGGAAUACAGACGACCUGGUGGAAGGUGACUGGGUAAUUGUUUCACCAGAAGGAGAGAGGGCAUCAUGUUCCACGCCUGUUCUUCACGAGGGAAGUCCCGAUCCGUCUUCAGAUGCUUGCUGUAUUCCUUACCAAGUCAGUGUCAAUGAGCUUGCUACAAUACGCGAAUCUGAACGCGUCGACGUUGACAAUACUGACCAUGCAGGAAUGCCUGUUCAAAUCCCAUUUGAAACAGGUGGAAGCCAUCUGAAUGGUGGCACCGGAGGUUGCGCAUCUGCACAGUACGCGAGCAGCAAGCAUCCGGAUACAAAGGACAUCCGACUCGGGAAUCAGGUCAAGGAAUGCAUGACUGCACAUGAGAAUAUGGACUUCAAGAAAGGUGGAGAUGGCACGCCAACACGGGACGCCGCUGACGGAUGCUGGACUCCAGGAAUGUUUACAUCUAGACACGUCAGCCGAGAGACAGAGAGUGGGGAGAUGAUGCACAAGCACCUGCUGGAGCAAUGGAAGCAGGUAGAUGAGCGCGACCGGCCCAUUGUUCAGGAACUUUUGAAUAGCGUCAUUCAUCAUGGAAAGCAUCAGUCAGAGGCACUGCGGAAACUGCUACCGAUGCUUCGGAGCAUGUCACGUGAGAUAGCACCUGGUGUCCCCAUCCGUCAUAACCAGGUGGUGGAAGAUUCAUGUGUCAGGUUGUUCACAAAGGAACUGACAGAUAUAGAUUGUGAUCUAUCUCAGAAAACCGCAACGAAUGUAGCGAACUAUAUUUUAACCAUUGGGAGAAACAACCCCAAAUCACUGUCGGACAUUUGCAAUGAGAUGGACCGUCUUGAUCAGAUCAGCUAUGAAUGAGACUUUUAAUGCAGAAUGACAUUUCCUGUACCACGUGGUUUGAUUUAUGCGCUACGGCAAUUCGAUGUCACCAUAUCUAAAUAUCCCAUUAUCAUGUAAACUAUAUAACGUGGCACGCAAAAUGCAUCAUGA